UUUUUUCUAUUCUCCCGGAGAUUUUUCCUUUACCACUCCAAAUAGGAGUAUGAUCGACGAGAAAUCGCAAGAUCUUCGUCGCUUUAAUGUCGAACUUACGGAUCAAAAUGCCGGUCAUCGUUAAGGUGUUUUUAUGCAAGGGGUGAUUACCUCUUUUCAUCUUGUUUCUCCCGUGAAAUUUUCCGCGUAAUAUUGCUUUAUUGUCGAGAUAUUUGAUAGUCAGUUUACACUUGUGUAUUAAUUGUGAUUGAAGAGGAAACGUACGUAAAAUGAACGUAAAAUGUGCGAGGACGUGUACAGUGUUUGAAAAAAUAAUACAAGAAUGUUACACUAAGAUUGCAAAACAAGGGGUUGUAAUUUCCAAAAAGUGGAAGACUAAGAAGAGUGUGAGGCCAUAUGCCGCCAGCCGGGCUAUCGGCAAGAGGCUUGUCUACCUUGAUGGACCACGGACAGCCAGAUGCUCGUCAUCGGAGCGAGCGAUUUGUACUUCAUCCAGAGAAUGGAUCCUCUAACUCUCACAGUCCUAACACAGCCAAUUCAUCUCCACGAUAUCAACAUAAUAGCAGAACAAAUAAUCAUUCCACAAGUUACGGAUAUUUAUAUGGGCGUACAUCUAGCAACAAUAUGUCUGAUAGCAGUAUUUCUGACACACAUAGUGGUGGUACAGCAAGAACUGUCUCUCAACAGACCAGUCCAUCUCAUGGCACACAUUCUUCUUCUCAGUCGAGACAAGACAAUAGUUCAACAAUUUUCACAGCAUUAUUUGAUUAUGUUGCCCAAGGCGAGGAUGAGUUAUCUUUACAAAGAGGUGAAACAGUUGAGGUCUUAUCUAAGGAUUCAAAAAUCUCAGGUGAUGAAGGAUGGUGGACUGGAAAAAUCCAUGGAAAAGUUGGUAUUUUCCCAGCCAAUUUUGUUGCAGAAGCAGAAAGUAUCGACAGAGUUUCAUCGGUGAUUGAUAAAGUUCAACCGGUUGAAAUUGAUUUUGAGGAAUUACAAUUAGAAGAAGUGAUAGGAGUUGGUGGAUUUGGAAAGGUUUACAGAGGAUUUUGGCAGAAACAUGAAGUGGCUGUCAAAGCAGCCCGCCAAGAUCCAGAUGAAGAACCAAGUGUUACGUUGGAAAACGUUCGUCAAGAAGCUAAAUUAUUUUGGUUAUUGAAACAUGAAAAUAUUGUGCAAUUAGAAGGAGUUUGUUUAAAAAUGCCAAAUAUGUGUCUCGUAAUGGAAUAUGCGCGAGGUGGUAGUCUGAACAGGGUUCUUAGUGGUAGAAAAAUCAGGCCUGAUGUACUUGUUGAUUGGGCAAUACAAAUUGCUCGUGGCAUGGAUUAUCUUCAUAAUAAAGCACCUAUAAGUCUUAUUCAUAGGGACCUAAAAAGCUCUAACGUAUUAUUGAGCGAGCCUAUAGAGAAUGAUGAUCUACAAUAUAAAACUUUGAAAAUAACUGACUUUGGACUAGCAAGAGAAGUUUAUAAAACAACCCGUAUGUCAGCUGCAGGCACAUAUGCUUGGAUGGCACCAGAGGUUAUUAAAAAGAGUACUUUCAGUAAAGCCAGUGAUGUUUGGAGUUAUGGCGUGCUUUUAUGGGAACUUUUAACUGGUGAAACACCUUAUAAAGGAAUAGAUGCCUUGGCAGUAGCAUAUGGUGUUGCAGUAAAUAAACUCACAUUGCCUAUUCCAUCAACUUGUCCUCAACCUUGGAGGUUUUUAAUGGAAGCUUGUUGGGCAUCUGAUAGUCAUUCAAGACCAGGAUUUGCUGAAAUUUUAGUAGCGUUAGAUGAAGUGCGUAGUGCAUUUGCAGCAACACCGCAUGAGUCGUUUCACACAAUGCAAGAAGACUGGAGACUUGAAAUUGAACAAGUUCUUCAUGGGUUGCGCAUGAAGGAAAAGGAAUUGCGCUGUAGAGAAGAAGAAUUAACAAAAGCACAAGUGCAGCAACGACAACAUGAAGAAAAUUUGAGGCAACGAGAACAAGAAUUAGCUGCACGAGAAAUAGACUUAUUAGAGCGUGAAUUGACUGUAAUGAUAAUUCAGCAACAGAAUACUCCUACACCAAACAAAAGACGCGGAAAAUUUAAAAAAUCGAGAUUAAAAUUAAAUAAAAAAGAACCAGGGAGUAAUAUAAGCGCUCCUUCUGUACCAGCAGAUGGAGUAAAGGGUAAGACUUGGGGACCAUCUACACUCCACCAACGCGAACGUGGGGCUAUUAUCACGCAACCACCAAAUCCUGCAUCUCCAGGUGGCAAGCGGUGGUCUCGCUCUGCUCCAGAUCUUGAAAAGACACCCCUACGUACCGCCCUGUUGGCACAUCGUUCCCCGCUUCUUCAAGAAAUAGGUAACCCCUCCUCCAGAAAGUUGUACUCUUCAGCAAAUAAUUUGAUAGACAGUCAACCAGGAUUUAACUGUCACGUUAGGAUUAGCUAUAACAACAUUCCAGAAAAUUCUAACAACAUUGUGCAAAGUUCGAGCUGUCCACCUUGCAAUAUAGGUGAAGACUCAGUUAUUGUGGACAAUGAUAUUUAUGAAUCUGUGGUCUUGCAUAACAAAUCGACAAAUAAUCUUAAAACUCAUUUCUCGGAUGACCAUUUAGUCAUGGACAAUUACUCAAAAUCUACAGUUGGAAACACUUUAAAAACUUCAUCUCCUAGAUGUCAAAAACAUGUGAUUGGUGACUGGGAACAAUCGUAUUCUUCAAAUUUUGUGCAAAGCGUAGCAUCUAGUUUGGUUGGUACUGCGAAACGUGUGAAAAAGAAGAAACGCGAAAGAAGUAAAUCAAAAGAAUCGAAACGCCGAGAUAGCUCGGAAUCGCGGUUAGCCGCUUUUGCUGAUUUCUUUCGUUCCCCCUCUGGAUCAAGGAAAAGUUCUUUAAAUUCUCCGCAUAGUGCAGAACGAAAAAAUUCUGUUACGAUUAAAAUCAAUGAUACAGAUGGAUUAGAAUCGAGCCCGGAAAACUCUAUAGGUAAAAAGUUUCACCAUAAAUCCAGAAUUUCUAAAAGUCCUUUAAGAGUUUUUAAUAAGAUGAAAGCUUGGGGAAGUCGAGACGCUCUGGACGAUAAAACUGCUGCUGUUAAAGUAGAAUACAGUGCUUUAGACAAUACAAUAUCUAUACCGCAAUUUAAUCGACGUGACUCCGAUCAAAGUAGUGCAAUGCCUAAAUUCUUGACCGCUAACUCACGGGAAGGAAUAGAUUUCGAAAGCCUCGAGUCAGAACUUUGUAAUUUUGAUUCCGAACAUUCAAAUGAUAGUUCUAUUUCGAAAAAUUCUUUAAGUUUAUUCCCAGAUAAUAAAUGCAAGAAAUCCCUUACCUCAUUUGAUUGUGUUAGUGGCACGUCAGAUGCGUGUUUAAAACAACGCAUUCCGCAAGUAGAUCAAAGUUUUAAUUUGAAAUCCUCAUUAAAUAAAAAAUCGAAAAGUAACGAGUACUUGCGUAGUUGUGAAGAUCAUGUUGAUAAUAUCAAUUCAGUUAUACAUGCAUCUGGUUAUAUACAGGACUAUGAACGUCAAAAUUUCCAAAUUAAUUACGGAGGGAAGAAAAAUUUAAUUGAAUUCUUGAGAGAUGCUCCUUCCCAUAGAAGUUCCGAAGAUGUGAAUACAAUUAUUUACAACUCGUCUAAGAUUUCGAAUACCGAGAAAUUUUUAAAGAAGAAUGAUAAAUAGCAUUGCAUUUCACAAAGAUAAAGAUGUGCAUACUACUCGUAGACGCGUAUCUCGAAAAUAUCUUCUUUUUGUUUUAUAUGUUUUAGUAACAGUCCUAUAUUUUCUUUACUGCAGGCCUUUCUGAGGAAAACAUCUAUCCCACUCGUAAGUCUCUUUAUAUUGCUGCGCAAUUGUUUCACAUUUUAUAAGAGACCUGAUUGUUUUUUUUUUUUUUAAUAUUUCUGGCCAAUGAUAUUUCUAUUUUUUCGUUUUAAUUAUUAUGAAAGUACAGAUCUCAAAUGGAUAGUGCCUUUAUAUGUUUAUAUUUUUCUUUUUCAUUUUUGUUUUGCUAAAUUGUAUUUAAGUAGAUUGUGCUUAAAGCUAUUUUCAUUAGAGUGCAUGAAUAUGCAGUUCGGUUAAAUUUCUUAUUUACUGAUUAUCUAAAAAGAACAUCUUUAAUAUAUACAUAUAUUUUUAAGGGUAGAUGUACAGUUUCACGCGUUUAAUGAUAAACUAUGUUUUCCUUUUUUAUGUUGAUAUUAUGUUUAAGACUAUUUCUUUCUGUUGAAUUUUUGGAAUGGUACAUAUUAUUAUUAUGUAUCUCAUAAGAAGUAAUUUUUAAUUUUAUCAGGAAUCAAAUAAAGAAUAAAAAUUCGUUUUAUUAUUCGUUUUAUAAUAAUUGAUAAUUUUGUUAAAUAAUUUUAAUUGAUGUCUAUCAAAUUACAUAAUAGAUAUAUUACUCUAGCAUUAUUUUAAUAAAGGGUAGUCAGUACCCUGCAAUAAUCUAAAAAUUAUUUAUCCUAAUUUAAACUGAUAAAAACUUCAUAUUUUGAACUGUAAUUUAAUGAAUAUAUAAAAUGUAAAUGCAAUCUUUCUGGUGUUGGUUCUUUUCUGAUGUUAUCUGGAGUAUAUAACAUUCUAACAAAGCAGAGCUAACAGCCUUUUAUUAUGUCAAAAAAGAUCAUGUGCUUCUGCCACUACAACAAAAAGUUCUAUAUUAAAAUUGUCUGUAUUAGUUAGAGGCGUUUAUGGAAAAGAGUGUUUUUGCAUAAUUGUAAUCGCGAAAUUAGAAAGAAAUUAAAUUAAAAUUAUAAUAGGAAAAUAUCACAUUUUGAUUGCGAAAGUAGAGUUGUAUCUUUUUUCUUAAGGCUUUAUAUGCAUUUGGAUUAGUUUCAGAUUUCGUUAAUUAUCCAGCCUAAUUUAACAGCGAUUUCAUUUUUGUAUUAUCAUAGAUUUCCGACAUUUUUUAGAAAUUUCUAAAAUUUUGCACACGUUACAUACAACACAUGAAGCAACACGCACACUUGUAUUUAGAAAUAGAAAUUUUUUCAAUAAAACUUUUUCAGUUGGACA